UGCUGCUGACCGACCCGGAGGUUGAGAGCAGCCUGCUCAUCAGCUCAGACGAGGGGGCCAGCUACCAGAAGUACCGCCUUAGCUUCUACAUCCUCAGCCUUCUCUUCCACCCCGAGCAGGAGGACUGGAUCCUGGCCUACAGCCACGACCAGAAGCUCUACAGCUCCGUGGAGUUUGGAAGAAGGUGGCAACUGGUGCACGAGAAAGUGGCCCCCAACCGAUUCUACUGGUCGAAAAUCGGUUUGGACAAAGAACCCGGGUUGAUCCACCUGGAAACCAGCAUAUCUGAAGGACUGGCGCUGUACGUCACCUGCAAGUUGCAGAACUGCACCGAUGCCAACAAGGGCAAGCCUUUUCCUGGAUACAUCGACCCCAACUCCCUGGUGGUGCAGGACGAGUACGUGUUUGUCCAGGUAUCCACUGGUGGGCGUGUGAUCUACUACGUCUCAGCCAAGAGAGACGCGUUCACUCCGAUGAAAUUGCCCAAGUACACUUUGCCUAAGGACCUGCAUGUGAUCAGCACCGACGAGAACCGCGUGGUGGCCGCCGUGCAGGAGUGGAACCAGAACGAGACCUACAACCUGUACGUGUCGGAGACGGCCGGCGUGUUCUACACCCUGGCCCUGGAGAACGUGGUCAGCAGCAUGGGACCGGAGGGGAACGUCAUGGUGGACCUCUACGAGGUGGCUGGGAUCAAAGGGAUGUUCCUGGCUAACAAGAAGGUGGAGAACCAGGUGAAGACCUGCAUCACCUACAACAGAGGGAGGGACUGGAGGCUGCUGGAGGCCCCCACCACUGACCUUAGGGGGAACAGCCUCCACUGUGUACUGCCGUACUGUUCCCUCCACCUCCACCUCCACGUUUCCGCCAACCCCUACACAUCUGGGAACAUCGCCAGUAAGGACUCGGCUCCAGGAAUCAUCAUGGCUUCAGGCUCCAUUGGUGCAGAGCUGUCCACCAGCAACGUGAGCAUGUUCAUCACGUCUGACGCCGGAAACACCUGGAGACAGAUCUUCGACGAGGAGUACGCUGUGCUCUACUUGGAUCAAGGGGGGGCCCUAGUGGCAAUACGACACACUCCACUUCCCAUCAGGCACCUGUGGUUGAGCUUCGACGAGGGUCGGCAGUGGAGCAGAUACAGCUUCACGUCGUCGCCGCUGUUCGUGGACGGGGUUCUGGGCGAGCCGGGGGAAGAGACGCUCAUCAUGACGAUAUUCGGCCAUGUCAGUCACCGGUCAGAGUGGCAGCUGGUCAAGAUCGACUUCAGGUCCAUUUUCAACAGGAGGUGCACAGAGGGGGAUUAUCAAACCUGGCACCUGCAUGACCAGGGAGAACCCUGCAUCAUGGGAGUGAGAAGAAUAUACCGGAAGCUGAAGCCGAUUGCCAGGUGCGUUAUGGGUAAGACGUACUCUGUGACGAUGACCUCGGGCCCCUGCGACUGCACAGAGAGGGACUUUGAGUGCGACUACGGCUAUGAGAGGCGUGCCGACAGCAAGUGCACCCCUGCCUUCUGGUUCCACGCGUCCACCAUGUCCAGGAGCUGCACCACCGGGACUACGUUCCUCAACAGCACCGGCUACAGGAAGGUGGUGUCCAACAACUGCACCGCCGGGGUGAUAGCGGAGUACACGGCCCGGAGGCAGCACUGCCCCGCCCAGGCCCCCAGAGGCCUGCACCUGGUCACCAGCGAGGGGACACUGACCGCCACCCUGGCAGCCAACAUCACCUUCCUAGUCUUCCUGGAGGAGGGAGAUGGGGCCAGGACGAGCGUCACGCUGGACUUUGGGGACGGCCACGCUCUGACCUACUCCAACGUGAGCUCCAUCGAGGAGGGCAUCAAGCACGUGUACAAGGCGGUGGGGAUCUACCGCGUGACCGCCACGGGGGAGAACGCCCUGGGCUCCGAGAGCGUGACCCUCUACCUCCAUGUCACCUGUCCACUGGAGUAUAUCCAUCUCUCAGCCCCCUUCGUUGCGGUGAAGAACAAGGAGGUGAACCUGACUGCUGUGCUGUGGCCCAACCAAGUGGGAACCGUCACGUACAUCUGGUGGUUUGGAAACAACACUGAGCCAGUGAUCACCCUGGAGGGGAGUGUGCCAUGCAUGUUCUCCAGGGAAGGUAUCAACACUGUCACUGUGCAGGUGUCCGCCGGGAACAGCAUCCUGCAGGACAGGAAAACCAUCGCCGUCCAUGAAUACUUCAAGUCUCAUCUCCUCGCCUUCUCGUCUAACCUGGACGAGCACAACCCUGACGUGGUGGAGUGGAGGCAGGAUGUGAGCAGGGUCAUCAAAGCCUCCAUGGUCCAGGCUUCUGGGAUCCGGGAAGACAGGCUGCUCGUCACAGUCCUCCCAGGGUUGCCCACGGCAGCAGAGUUUUUCCUCCUGCCAGACAAGGAGUUCACAGAGGGGAAGCCAGAGAAGAGCUCUGCUCACUUAGACCAGCUGUCUGAGGUCUUGCUCAGCGCCCUCAAUCAGAACCUGGUUCAGUUCACCCUGCGACCAGGGGUCCAAGUCACUGUGUACGCAGCUCACUUGUCAGCAGCUCCCCUAGUGGACACCAGCAAGAACCACAGCGGCUCGGCCAUGCUAAUGCUGCUAUCGGUGGUGGUUGUGGGUUUAGCGAUAUUUGUCAUCUACAAAUUCAAAAGGAAGAUCCCAGGCCUCAACGUCUAUGCGCAAAUGCAGAACGAAAAAGAACAAGAAAUGAUCAGUCCAGCGAGUCCGACAGAGGUCGCCCCGAACUCCCAGAGAGACGUGGCUACUUCAUCGGUGUUUCUGGACACAGAGCUUAGUACACGGCCCAUCGGAUGUAUUAAGCUCCCCGCACAUGUCAAAUUUUCGACGGAACUCCCCACAUACAUCAACGUUUAAAACUUCAGAAACGAAACAGCAAUCCAGAGGUGUCGUGGAUUUUCUACCAUUUUUCUGGACGCAAUGGUUUUGAGCUUUAUACCUGUGCAUGUUGGACCUUGCUGACACUUAACUGUGCUCUGUGAAAACCAGAAGAAACUGUGUACAGGGUUUUUUUACAUAUACUGUACAUCCAUCUAAUAAGUCAUUUUUAUUAUGUUUAUUUAUAUAAAUUCAACUACAUAAGAAGGGGAAAGCCAGCAUGAACGAAAAGGAAGAAUACUUUUUGGUUUGCUUGAGGGCAAAACGAAACCCACUAAACGCAUCUGGGUAGAGCAGGAGAGCGAGUCGGUAUUAACAGAGACUUGCAGGCAUUCGAAGCUAGUAUGAAAUCACCAUCCUUCAGACCAAGACUAUUUUUGGGCUGACGGGGAUGAAUGAAUUCACCUCUCGCCUUGCAUACAUCAAUUCGAAUUUCUCUAAAUUUGUGAUCAUUCAAAACAUGGAUAUAAAACAGUCACCCAGUUCUGCCUGACUGUCUGCACUUGUAGGGUUUCCAGUAUGAGCAUUCAACAUCCUUUUGUUAUACUCUGUUGUUUACAACAGUAGUGCCCUGUUCAUUCCAGAGUAUUCUCUGAGGUAGAUUAUAAAGAUAAAACAUCCCAUUUAUUUUAUAAAUCAUGAAUGUCAGAUCACGUGUAUUUUAAUAAUAAACCGUAAACAAAUCAGAAAACACUUUAUAAAUCCUUGAUGUGGCCAUUUCGCUUCAGUUUGUCAUCUCAUUGAAAGCUGUUAAUGGCACAAAACAUUUUCUAUAUAGACAGAGGUUAUGUUUUAUUUCGCUUUCAAUCCAGUACGCUAAUGAUACAUACAGGGUUUUGUCGUUUAUGGAUUCUGACAGUUUUGUUGAACUGUUUAAUGUUGAUGUUUUAAACAAAAGAAUAACUAUUUAGAUUAUAUUUUGUUCCUAUGUUGUAGCCUGAUAGGUCAUUUUUGAAAUGUUGUGCUGCACAGUACCAUAAAACCAAACUAUAAGAUAUACCCAGUUGUAAUUUCAAGUCCAUCUUCAAAUAUAUACUGGAUUUGACUGGACAGACAUCUUGUAAAGACAUUUCAUUUAGGAAGUUGACAUUGUCUCAGUCUUAAGUUAGACUCCAAUCAUGCCCUCUACAAGUAACCUCUAAAAGCAAGUACUGUCUAAUAUAUAAGAGUUUACAAGAUUACACCUGAAAUUAUUUGAGACACUAUUGAACACGGAACACAGAAAUUGACCAAGUGGGGGGGGGGGGGGGUUCUGGGUAUUCUAAAAAACCGUAGAGACAUAGAAGUUUAAUUCCUGAAUACUUAAUGUAGCCAGUCAAGCUAAAGGCUGGCUAAGGUUGGUGACACAUUUAGGCUAAUGUCCUUGGCCUUCACCCUCGCUAGCUCAUUAGCCCCCCUUGUGAAGAACCAAGAGAAGUAGAGCAAGAUGGUACGGCACAUGGAUGGCUACCUUGUUUCUGAGGAGAACUGGGAAGGCUGUGAAACCCACGUAGACCAUCUGACAGACAUGAAUGUUAGACUGGUCUAGAGUCUUUGAAGGGGAUCUGUCCCAGUCAGUUAGUGAUACUGUAGUUAGUGUGAAAUAAAAAGGUUAACACAAACAAUAUGGACGAACUGUGCAGCAUAUGCCGUACAAACUAGUUAAGGACAACAUAGAAUGUAAAUGAUGAUAAAUGAGGGGCGACUCGCAUGUGAUGCCAAAAGACACAAAAUUAACAGUUACUAAUAGAAAAAUUAUGGACCUGAUACCUUUAUUAAUGGAUUGGUAUUGAUAUACUAAUUCCCUUAUUGAUGAAUCCCUGCCCUAUCAUGUUGCAUUGCUGUCUUAAACCAUAUAAUUGUAAACUUGUUUUGAUUGACGAUUUAUCUUUGAUAUCUGUUUGAACUAGUAAGGCUAGCCCAGGUUUGGAAAUGAAACAUGUAUAUUGGAGACUGCAUGUGUGCAGUCGUUUUUUAAUAAUCAGACCUGCUUUCAUUUAACUUUUAUUUCUAUUUGUAUGUUUUGAUGAUUUAAACCAGAAUACAUGAGUUUCAUCUACAGUAGUACAGUAUGAUGGUGUAUACUUUGAUUUCAUGAGCUGAAUGGGUUGACUUGUAUGACAGAAAGCCAUCAUUUUGUAUGAUAUAAAUGACAUCUUACAGAAAACUACAUGCAGAUUACUUGAACAUAAAUUUGGCUUUUCUUUCAAAAGUAUUUUCAGAAAAAGUACAAAGACAGGUUUUGCCCCAUGUUUGUUUUGUGGCUCCUUAGAUCUAAUUUUGGCCCAGAAAGUAGGCUACACGGUAAAGGCAGCAGCACCUAUGGGCAAUACUUAUGUCAGAAAGAUGCCACCUGACCCUACCUGGUUGAAGUUACCUUGAGGUAGAGUUAACCCUACAACCACUGAUCUCAAAUCUGAUAAACCAGUACCCUCGCGUCUUACUCCUAACUAGAAGGGUCUUAACUCAAUCUGAUCCUGGGUCAGUUGGUUGUAAGAAACCUCUAUCUCUUCUCUUAAAUCGAAGCACCUUCUGCCUUUGGAUUCCUCAGCUGAACAAAAAACAGCAGCAGGAAGUUGUCAGGUGGAACUUCCUGUGAGCGAACGAUAAUGAAAGGGAACUCUGACCUGCAUGUUAGGGACAUACUGUGAUCAAACCUGGGUUAAAACCCAUUUUCAAAUACUGUUAAAAGUAUUUGAUUCCAGUAUUUGACCUAGGUCUGAGUGUGACUAUCACAGAAGCCAAGUUGAGAAAGCUGACUAAACCACUACAGACUAGCUAGGUGACUCUUUCCCCAUGUAAAAUUAGGUAGAUUAUUUUUGUAGAGAAACAAGUUUUAUUAUACUGUAAAGCUUUUAUAUACAAACAGACGUUAAGGUGUACAAUGUUUUUGUUUGACCUCAACUGUGCUGUGUAAUUGUUUUAUGCAUUUACAAUCAUAUUUAUUAAAUGGAACGUCUAUGUUAACGAUAUGUGUUUUCAUUUUCUUACAAUAUUUGUAAAGAAAUACUAUGUAUUUGCAGGAGUAAUAUUCAACCUAUAAAGAGAAUC